AACUGUGGACGUGUGCCCUCGGACGGAUAUGUUCAAACCAAACAUUUUUAUUAAUUAUUCACAGAUUAAAAAAAUAAUUAUAUAAAAAUCUCUUUCCAUGGCUCUGCAAUUUCCCAUACUUCCUCAAUCUGAGUGGUGUUCCCAAGUUAUUGUAAUGAGGAAAGAUGGGGAACAGAAUGGUUUUAAAUUAUCAGUGGAGAAAACUAAAAUGAUGUUUCUCACAAAUAGGAAAGUAAGGGCAGGAAUUAGUCUGAAGUUAUAUGGAAAUAAUCUAGAGGGAGUUAGUCAUUAAUGUUAUGCGGUGUCUGAUGGGGCUAGAAUGGAGAAACUAUGUUGGAUCAUUAAAAUAUAUAUCAUUCUUAUCAGGGCAAGAAUAGAUUAUAGUUACAGCUCAGCAGGCAAGUCUGUGCUAUCACACCUGGAUGUUAUUCAGGCUUGUGCUCUGAGGAUUUGCUUAGGGGCAGUGGAAAUGGCACCAGUGUGUGCUUUACAAGUUGAGGCAGGAGAGAUGCCACUGUGGCUCCAUCGGAAACAGCUGAUGGCCAAUUACUGGAUAAUAGAAGGGGACACAAAGAAAGUCAUCCGACUAAGAGAGUCUUAGUUGGAUGGAUCUUAGUAGGGCCUGUUGGGAGUAGAGAAAAACAGAAAAAAUAGCUUUGGAGGGGUAAGCAAGAGCAUAGCAGAACAAAUGAAAGUUCAUGUGGUGAUAUUUUGUCCAGCUGCGUUGUGGCCUGUGAGACCAGAAUGGAUACUGUAAAAUGCCUUUGUGGACAUGGAGUUACUGAAUAUCAAGCACAGAAAUAAAACAGUAGCUCUAGACCAGGAAUAUGGUUACAUGAAUAGGAAUUACAGUGACUAUUUGCAGCUUUCUGCUGAUGGAAGACAGGAUCCACUAACAGAAGCAACAGGGGCAACAGUGGUGAUUCCCAGUCACGAGACUGAGGUCAGAAGGAGAACCUUAAUUUGAGUGUAUAUGCUUUUGAAUAAUUUGCAAUUCUGUUAGCAUUUGAAUGGGUGGAAGAUGUGGUAACAAGUAAAAUACUCAUCUGUAGUGAUUCAGUGUCAGCACUGUCAAGCACUAAAACAGGAUCAGUCAGAAAUCAUCACGACCUAACCUAUAAACUACUGUUUACUAAUUCAAGGUUAGCCAGUCAGGGGAAAAAACAUAACAUUCAAUUGGGUACCAGCAAACUAUCCCAGGAAAUGAAAAGUUAGGGGAAAUGUGGAAAUUCAUAUUAAGCUUUCAAAAUCAGAGAGGAAAAGUGUUGGUUGGAGGAAAAUACUUAAACAAUGGCUGCAGUAUUGUGCCAAAGGGUAGGCACUUACAUGAAAUUCAAUAAAAAGUAAGAGCAGUAAGAAAUACCGAUAGAAAAGUAAGUAAUCAUGAGUAGACUGAGUCAGUCACAGCAACUGAAAUAGUUCACUUUUUUUCAUAGGAAAACAUCCAACUUGUCAUUGUAAUCGGUGUUACGUAAAGGAGGGUAAAGUGGAGAAUGUUCUAAUUUCAUGUAGGAAGUAUGAAAAGGAAAGAAGGACAAAGAUAACAGGACUACAGCAAUUACGACAAGUUAAAGAUGUGCUUGUGUGUGGGGACACAGUGGAAGGAAAGAUAUAUAUAUUUAGGUUUUUGAAAGCAACAGGACUAAUCACAAGAUUGUAAUGGAUACAUAAAACCGGAGGGAGGCGGUAAUGUAACAUAAUGGAUGCCAACUGCCCUAAAAACCCAAAGAAGAAGAAGAAGAAGUCCUUUUAUUUGCGAGUAAAACCGGAUGUGCUUUCGGAUUGGUUAGCGAACACCUUUCAAAAACAUUGCGCGAGCAGUUUCCAUGAUAGUUGAAGAUUUGAAUCUUUCAGUCUUACUUAAGUUAAGUUUGGCAGCAGCCCCACGGCUGCCCUAAAAUAUGCUAAUUCUAUGUUUUAUCUGCUCUAAAUAAAGGCUUUGCUACAAAGGUCUCCCGCUUCAGGUAGGUCGUAGUUACUUUGGCUAUGUUAACGUUAGUUGAGCAGUGUCAUGUUGUGGCGGACGUUGUCUCUAACGUUAGCUAACGGCUAAGCUAACUCGCGUAGAUGAAGCUUAAACUAAAAGCAACUUACCCUUAAGUGAUGUGUCCCCUACAGCUGCCAACAUGAAAUGUUUGAAAGUGGACGAGUACAUAAAGCGGAUUGCUUCUGUGGAAGCGACGGAGCAUUUACUUCAAGAACUAGAGGAUUAUGUGAAGGGUCGACCAGGCCUUCAGGGUCGCACGCUGUGUGACAGGGUCAUCAGAGCCUGUAACCAUCAACUUGGAGUUGGAUCUCUUGACUUUGACCAUGUCAGUCAGUUGGUAAAGCUAGUGAAGCUUUCCCUUCAUGGCUAUGAUAUUUCUGCAGCACUUGUUCCUCAGAGCAGUCCACUGUACAUGGAAAAGAUUAUUUUCCAUAUUGUCAAGAAGCUAAGCUCCCUGGAAGCCCACAUUCUAUGCAGCUAUGUAUCUGGGUUGCUUUACAGCAGGCUUACCACUGCACAACAGGCGGACGACUACUAUGUUCUUUUGCGGAGCUGCUUCUCAGUGCUCUGGACUGGACUCUCUGCUGCCAAAGACGGGAAAAUCCUGAAUCCCCGGGAUAAAUUCCACUGCCAGAUGCAAGCUCUGAGCUUUCUCCUCUUGUUGGACACAGAAAGUGCAACUACCUCCUUCUCAAAAGCUCCCAUUUACACAGAGGAUGCCAUUGCUGAAUUUGAGAGUAGCUGUGGAGCGGUGACCAAUGAGGAUGCUUCCUUUCUUCUCCAGGAAGUGCGCUCGCUUUUCAACAGAUGCCAGACUGGUGGUCAAGGCUUGGAGGGGGACGAGGCCAGGCAGUGUAUUGCAAAAACAAGUGUAUAUGUGCGUUCUGAAAUGCUGCUGAUUAUAGUGAAGGUGCUUUGUAAAGCUGGGCACUACGAUCUGGCCUCCACCUUCCUGAAUGAAGCUGAGAGCAAGGUCAGGGACUGCGCUGACUGUCAGUGUACAGCUCUGUUGCUUGGCAAGUGGGUAGUAAAAGUUCAUUCAACAAUGAAGGCUGGUGAGGAGAGUGCCCAGGCUUUGACAGAGUGUGCCAGAGUCUUGAGGUCUCUCCCGGAGGACCUGGGGGGCAGAGAAGCUCAUGCAGUUCUGGAAGGGUGCGCACUCGUGGUGUGGGCUGUUGAGAAUGGCCACGACAAGGGGUUAAGUGGUCCUGUACUCCUUGCCUGGUUUUCUUUCCUUGAGGAGCAACAAGAGCUAAUUUUAAAAAUGCUAAAGAGGAAUUUGACAUGCCAGGCUGAGGGCAGCAGACUGCAACAGGCCCUUUGUUUCAGUAUUUACCAAGGCUUUGUAUUUGCUUAUGAGAGUAUGCUCGCAUCACAGUUGGAGAACAGUGAUACACUGGACAGAGUGCUGCUGUACUGCCAAGCCACAGCUGGACAGAUGAUGACUGAACUACGCAAGCUGUCUAGUGAAAGCCUUCUCAUCAAAGCAGUUAUUGCUGUGAGCAACUUAGUUUGUGGAUUGUACAAUCGGCGUCUCUAUGACCAGGCGUUCACGCUAGUUGAGAUCCUCUGCAGGGAUCUAUGCAAGAAUUGCCCUGUCUCGCUCUCUGUUGAUAGGUUGAGCAGACCCUUCAUGCUGGCUGUUCAGACUUCUCGGCGUGCUGGACAACUGGAGCGAGCACUGGACUGGGUGAUUCUGUGGCUGAAAGCUCUGGGGGACAACGUUCCUACACAUAUGGCUGAACCGGUAUCUCUUUGGGUGAAAACGAAGACUGAUGCAGCACGUAACUCUGAGGAGGACAUCCGACUCAGGACAUUGCGUGAUGGUUUUGGUCCUGAUGUCCCUGAUGAAGGAGUAAUGCUGUUCCUUUUGGAGGAAGAGCUGCGUGCCUAUAAGGAGGUGGCAGGGGAUACCGCUCAGGAGCGUUACAACACACUCUGCGAUCUGUUGGACAUCUGCCAUGAGGGGAGCUCCCACACUCACCUACGUGCUGUCUACCUCUGUGAAAUGGCCCAAGUUGUGUGUUUCCAGGAUUUCAGUGAACAGACUGACUGCUCUGCAGUUGAUUUUACCCAUGAAGCUUUACGCCUACUGGAAGAAGAACGAGAGACUGCAGAGAAUGCUGACAGACUGAAGGAUGACAAGGCCCAUGCUUUACUUUGGCUGUAUAUCUGUACUCUUGAGAAGAAUCUUCAGGAGACCAUUGAGAAGGACAAAAAGCUGCGAGAGUUGCGUGAACAGACACGGUGUGUGGCCAAUCCCAUAGGAACCAAUGAUUUUGAUUAUGAAGACAAGCAGAAGACACAAGACAACAUUAUGGUCUAUGAAGGCCUGCAUUUCAACCUGGCUGCAGAGAACAAAUUGUGCAAACCUUUGGAAAGAGCCCUGGAUGAGUGGUCUGCUCUUCUGCAGAGUCAAGUUCUGCCCUCUGUUAGGAACCCCAAACAGACCUGUAGCUCCAUUGCUUUGACUGCAGCUCUCUUCAGACUCAUGGGAAAGCCUCUAAAGGCUUUGGAAGCUUACCGGCUUGCUAUUGGACUUUCACAUCAUCUUGCUGACUCCCACAGUUGUGCCAGCUUCCUCUGUCAAUCAACCAGCCUCCUUCUUGAUAUUGGUGCCCCUGAUCUGGCUUUGGGCCAGUUAGAGCAAGCAGAAAAAAAUCUUACCUCAGAUACCACUGGUGAGGGACCUUCUUCCCUCUCUAUGCUGGCCAUUCUGUUGAAAGCUCAGUACUGCUACAGCACAGGACAGGUGGACCGCGGAGUGCCCUAUCUGUGUGAAGUGCUUAAAGAAGUGAAUGAGCAGAGACAGUCAAAAAGCUGGUACCUGCUGCGUGCUCGGGCGCUGCAGACAUGCAGCGCCUACCUGAAUUUGGACACAGAUGCACUGCCACAAGCUGAGCGCAGCCGUAUAACACAGCAUGGUAUAAAUAGCCCAGACACUGCCCUGUAUGAAAGCCUGAAACUUCUCUGCAGCCUGCUGGUCACUUUAGUGGGGAAAGGCCUGUACGGGACCAAUAGCAGCAGCAGCUCAGAUGUGCGCUUCAUCGACCAAGGAGAUAACCUGGUGCUGAAAUGGCAGCUGCUCUCAGACCUGUUGAACUGCUCUAUGAAGAUGGUGGCUGUUCGAAGCAGCUGUGGGGCCAUCAAUGAUGCCAGGCUCCAAUGCCUAGAAGCCCUUAAACUGGCCAUCAAGCUACAAGCACUCAGCCAAUGUGCUGAGCUGCUGGUGAUGAAAGCUGAGUUGGAGCUAAUGCAAGGAGAGAGAGAAGAAAGUAGACUUGAUUUAGACAAAGUCAGAAAUCUUCUGGAACUCUGCACAGAUUUUUCUGAUCAGGUGCAGAAGACAGAGGUGAAAAUCAAACCAAGGAAAGGUCGCCCAGUGCAGAAAUCUCAGUCUCCCCUACCUACUGUGGAGGAUGAUCUUAAGGGCAUCCUGAGCACUAGGUGGAUUGCUACAGAACCAGUAGUUAAGGAUCUGACUAGCUCCCCGCCUCUCAAAGCCCAGCCUCGCCGCUGGCUCUCCUCCCUGGCGCAUGAAUCUAAAUGCCAGUGCCCCUGCUGCUCUGAGCCCUGUCUGGGCCGUGCCACUGCUCGCUGGGCUGCUACACAGGCUGAACUGGUUCUCCAGCUGGAUCCUAAUGAAGCCAAGGCUGGUUUGAAACUUCAGUGGGCAACAUUAGCCCGCUGUAAGAGUGUCACUGCCAAACUUGGGGCAAAAUUGGCUAAACUCUUCCCUCCCUAUGGCCACACCAAAGGCUCCUCUAAACCCUCCCUGAUGCAGGACUUGGUGGGCCGUGUGUACCUUUGCAUGGCCCUGUCCGGGCUGGAACCAAGGCUUAACAAGGUCUGUGGUAUAUGGAAAGUACUGGAAGCCGGCUUAGCAUUUGUUGAUUCCACUCCCUCUCCUGUCUUAAGACCAGUGAGAGCAGGCCUAAUGGCAACUAAAGCCAUAGUAUCAUUGAUCACCUUGGCUUCCAAACAGGGCUGCAACCCAGAGGACCUCUUCUCAAAUGCUUGGACUUGGAACACACCAAAAGAAGAUAAAGAACUGAAAUCGGAACAGAAAAUGGUGUCUUCCUCGUCCUUGCUUAAAAAGUCUAAAGAUUCUAUUAAAAACCCUGAUAUUCCCAACAAAACAAAGGAGGCAAAAAAGGUGAAGGCUGUCAAGCCCAAGAUUGAAGUGACAAGCUCCUCCAGAGGAAAGGGACCGGUUCCUAUGACACCAGUAAUGGUUAAGUCAAAGCCCUCUGUUAAGGAGCUUGGCACUUUUGACUUCAACACAGUGGUACCUACUUUGGCUUGUACUCCCGUUCAGAAGAUGAAAGCUCCUGCUUCAGCGCAGAAAGCUCCUGCUUCAGUGCAGAAAGCACCGAGGACUGCCUCUAAGCUACAGUUUCAUGUGUACGAAGAAUUGUCACCAGUUCAAGACAAAGCCCAACCUGUGCCUGCCGCCCCCAGACGCACAAAGAAAUCACGUUUCAAGGUGGAGUUUAGCGAUGAGAGUGACUCAGAGGCCAAUACCCUAGCAGAGCCCAAAGAAAAAACACGUGUCCCUAAAAAGCAACCAGCCACGAGAAGAGCUGCCCACAAUUCUAAAACAGCCCCAGAUCCACCAGCAGAGAAAGUCCUACCCAAGAGACAGGCCAAGGGUAAAAGCACUGCAGUGCCUCGGACCACGUCUUCUGAAGAUGAAAAGAGUUUGGUCUGUCAGCCUCCAGCAACAAGGCGAGGAAGAACCAGGAGGGAGCUGUCCAGGGCAGAAGCAGAAACUCUGGAAGAGCCAGACAAAAUGAGGACCAUUGAGGAGGAAAUUAAUGAAGUUCUGGACAUGAGCAUUGAGCAGCUUAGGACAUCAGACACCGAGACUGAAGACAAUCCUGCUUCAAGUAAAUAUACUGAUUUUGAGGUCUUGCGGAGGGAUAUGUGUUGUGACUUGGAAAGAGACGACUUGUCUGAACUGAGGAGUAGAGGUCAUCUGAGAGAAGGUCCACAAACCCACCUCUCUCAUCCAGACACCAGGCCAGAUAAUCUUUCUCUGGAGGAUGUUCAGUUGUUGCUGCGUUCAGCCUGGCUGGCCCUUCAGCACUUCCCUUCUCCCACCAUUUACCCAACCCUCUCUACUCUUCUGGCUUUGGCACUCGGACAGCACGACCCCAUAACUACAGCCAUGCUACAUGCCCAGUCCUUGGGCAUCACAAGCCGUCAUCGCACAAUCAGGCAUUUAGCCAGUUGUCUCAAAAAGCUGAGAAAGUCGUCAAAUGAGUUGACAGACAAGAUGGAUGCUCUGAGUCUAAACGAGCUCAGUCCGACCAAAUCCAAGAAUUCUACCGAACAGAGGUUGGCUCAGUUGGAGAACAUAUUUUCCUUCCCUACUGCUGACUCCUCAUCUUUCCCUCAGAACCACUGCCAAGAGUUUAUCCAGCAACUUCAACUCCUUCCCCAAGGGGUAACGGUGUGUGUGAUGUCUGUGCUUGGAGUAAAACCCGGGGAAAUGGGCGACAGCAUUAUACUGACACGUCUUGAGAAAGGAUCUGACCCUGUCACCGUUCAUAUCCCCACAUCUAAGCAGCAGGUGAUGCACCCCAUUAGUUGGCUCGUGCAGGAGAUGGACAGUAUUCAGGUGGAACAGAAGGUUGUGAGCUGUGUGUCUGAGAAAGCGAAGUGGUGGGAAGGCCGCCGGGCACUUGACUCUCGAGUUGAGCAACUGUUGAAAGACAUGGAGGAAUUGCUUGGAUGCUGGAAGAGCUUCCUUCUUCCCUUUUCAUCAGAUCCGGAGCUCUCCAAUCAGGCCCAGCGCCUUUGCAAGGCCUUGUCUGCGAGAGGAGUGACGUGUAGUGAGGAGAUGUUGAAGGCUGUGCUGUCUGCAUUUCCUGUACUCUCCCAAGAAGACAUCCAAAGAUUUUCUCUUGGAGUUUCUCCACAGUGGGACAUGGAGUGUGACCAGCUUCUCCAUACAGCUGUGUCCCGGCUUUCAGAGAGAGACGAACCCCACGGUCACGUGGUUCUCAUUCUGGACAAGUACCUUCAGAAGUUGCCAUGGGAGAGCGUCUCCAUCUUAAAGUCUCAUUCAGUCAGUCGGAUGCCUUCUCUGCACUCACUAAUUGGACUGAGCAUUCAGAAAGAGACUGAUUCUCACUCCAUCCUGAAGCAAGGUGUGGAUACAAAGAAGGUGUUUUAUGUGCUGGACCCUGAUGCCAAUUUAGGAAACUCUCAGGACCGAUUUAAGGAAUGGUUUAGCAGUAAACUGGAUUGGGAAGGUGUAUGUGGUGUUGCUCCUGACUCAGGUCAGCUGGAAGAAGCUGUGGCAACCAAGGAUCUGUACAUUUACGUGGGUCAUGGUGCAGGCGCCCGGUUCCUAGACAGUCAGGCGGUUCUGAAACGGCAGAUGAAAGCAGCCUCUCUUCUCUUCGGCUGCAGUAGUGCUGCUCUGGCAGUGCGCGGGGAUCAGGAAGGACAAGGCAUCAUCCUCAGCUACCUCAUCGCAGGCUGCCCCUUUGUUUUGGGAAAUCUGUGGGAUGUGACAGAUCGGGAUAUUGACCGUUUCACUAAAGCCUUGUUGGAGUCCUGGUUAUCUGCUGGGCCUGGAGCUCCCCUCCUGGAUUAUAUGGGACCAUCACGUCAGGCUACACACCUGAAACACCUCAUAGGAGCUGCACCUGUGGUCUAUGGUUUACCUGUCCACCUGCAGUAGGUGGGCUGCUAAGCUAAAACUCUGCUAAAAGUAGGAUGUAAACAAUAUGUGCAGUAUUUAAACAUUAUUAUUUCAGUACACACGCUGGAGGAUGUGACUUUAACUUGAUGACCAGUCAAAGUUUUAGCAAGAUUAAUGUACUGCAUUUUAUUAAUUUAAACCAAUGCUUCAAUUUUUUUAAACCAAUGUUACUAUAGUGUGAAUGAUUUUAAAUAUCUUCCUAAUUUUUAUUAAGUGUUUUAAUGCACUUUUAAUGUGUUGAUUGAACAAAGUUUUUUAAAUAAAUGUUUUCUGACAUACAGUUGA